ACUGACGUCACGUACAGGGGGGCAUUUAAAAUUUUCGUCUUCAUAUUCGCGAUCUUGCGUAUCGCUCUUUUUAGUGUUGCACGUGGAGGGGUUUUUUGUAUUUUCUUUCAUCUGCGGUAAUUUUUUGGUUAUACCAUGCCUUCCGAUGCGAAAAAACGAGAACAACAACGUAAAAAAGACGCAGCGAAGGCCCGCCAGGCUGGAAAAAAGACACAGCCUACCAAAAGCGAAGACAAACAAAACGAACAGUCUGCACAGGUUAACGGAAAUUCCACACCUAUACAAAAUGGUACUACAAACGAUUCAAACUCCUUCGACACUGCCGAAGAGGCGCUAUGUGCGAAAUUAGAAGCAGAUGCACGUCUAAAUGCGGAAGCACGAGCGUGCACCGGCUCCCUUGCGAUUCAUCCGAAAGCUCGUGAUAUUAAAAUAGCGAAUUUUUCAAUUACUUUCCACGGUUGUGAAAUGUUGCAGGAUGCGUUGCUCGAGUUGAACUGCGGUCGACGAUACGGCCUUCUCGGCACGAAUGGAUGUGGUAAAUCCACAAUCCUGUCGGUUCUCGGAAAUAGAGAGGUGCCAAUCCAAGAUCAUAUAGAUAUUUUCCAUUUAACUAGAGAAAUGCCCGCCUCGGACAAAAGCGCACUACGAUGCGUUAUGGAAGUUGACGAGGAACGCCUAAGGUUAGAGAGGCUUGUCGAAGAGCUCGUCGAUUGUACAGAGGAGGACGCGCAGGAACAGCUAAUGGACGUGUAUGAAAGGUUGGAGGAAAUUUCUGCGGAUACCGCCGAAGCACGUGCAGCGGGAAUUUUACACGGAUUGGGGUUCACCAAGGAGAUGCAAGCACAAAAGACGAAGGACUUCAGUGGAGGUUGGCGUAUGAGAAUAGCACUGGCGAGAGCUUUGUAUGUGAAACCGCAUUUACUACUCCUCGAUGAGCCGACGAAUCAUCUGGAUUUGGAUGCAUGCGUGUGGUUAGAAGAAUAUCUUAAGCAUUAUAAAAGAAUUUUGGUUAUUAUCUCUCAUUCUCAAGAUUUCCUCAAUGGCGUUUGUACAAACAUCAUUCAUGUAAACAAAAAACGACUGAAAUACUACACCGGUAAUUAUGACGCUUUUGUUCGCACCAAACUGGAACUAUUGGAGAAUCAGAUGAAACAGUACAAUUGGGAACAAGACCAAAUCAAUCACAUGAAGAACUAUAUUGCGAGAUUCGGUCACGGAUCUGCAAAAUUGGCGCGUCAAGCUCAAUCGAAAGAAAAAACCUUAGCCAAGAUGGUGGCGUCCGGUUUAACGGAGAAAGUGUCAAACGAUAAAAUAUUAAGUUUUUCAUUUCCCAGUUGCGGAACAAUUCCACCUCCAGUUAUCAUGGUCCAAAACGUUAGUUUUAGAUACACCGAAACGACCCCGUAUAUUUAUAAAAACUUAGAAUUCGGUAUUGACUUAGACACAAGGUUGGCUCUUGUAGGACCCAAUGGAGCCGGAAAGUCUACUCUACUGAAACUGCUUUAUGGUGAUCUAGUACCAACGGAGGGUAUGAUUAGAAAAAAUUCUCACUUAAGGAUAGCGAGAUACCACCAGCACUUGCACGAAUUACUAGACCUCGAUAUAUCGCCGUUAGAAUAUAUGCUGAAAGCAUUUCCGGAUGUUAAAGAGAAAGAAGAAAUGAGAAAAAUUAUUGGGCGUUACGGUCUUACGGGGAGACAACAGGUAUGCCCCAUACGGCAGCUUUCAGAUGGGCAAAGAUGUCGAGUUGUCUUUGCUUGGUUAGCGUGGCAGUCUCCGCAUUUACUUCUUUUGGACGAACCUACCAACCACUUGGACAUGGAGACGAUUGAUGCACUAGCUGAUGCGAUUAACGAUUUUGAAGGAGGAAUGGUAUUAGUCAGCCACGACUUUCGGUUGAUCAGUCAAGUCGCCGAAGAGAUUUGGGUUUGCGAGAAAGGUACUGUAACUAAAUGGAAAGGUGAUAUUCUGAAAUACAAAGCUCAUCUUAAAAAUAAAAUUGACAAAGAAUUGGCAAAAGCCCAGAAAAAAUAAUUCAAUUUAAAUUAGUACAAUUUUCUUCAGCACCCAUGGUUUUUUUUUAUUUUCUCAGAUUGGAGGUGCUUUUUGGUCCCUGUAUUGUGAUUUUUUGAAAAUUAAAUUUCCCCAAUUGUGAGUAUUUUAAUUUUAAGUGUAAAUUAUUUAAUCCACAAACAUUUCUUUCUCUGCAAUCUUUUGUGGUAGGUACAGUGGAUAUUCAUAAUUUAUCGUACCAUUACUGUAGAAAUGAACAAGGUUUUAAAUAGCACACUACAAGCAGCAUGACAUUUGAAUAUAUCGUCUGUUAUAAAUUGAAUGUAGUGUUUUGUAUUAUAGCCUAGUGCCUCAAUAAAUUAUUAUAGAAAA